UAUGGUUAUAACUUUCAAAAUGAACUUUGACAAUAAAUAAAAACUAAUGUCGAAAAUAAUCAAAAUUUUGGUAAAUAGCUACAAAAUAGCUAUUUUAAGGCAGAAGAUAUUCAGAAUUCCCAGUUGCUCAAAUGGCCUACUUAGUUCAGAAGUGUCAACACUUAACACGUGGACUUUUCUCAGCAAGAAUAUUGGAAAAUGCUAAAAGAGGGAUAUCAAUUUAUUGGACAAGAUACAGCUCCAAAAAGGAAUGCGAUUGUCCACAACGAGAAUCCACCGACAAAGAUCCCAGAGAUACAGAGGACGAAUGUGAAUAUUACAAGAAACUGAUGGCCAAAAAACACGUAGAAAACACUUGCCGUAUCAACGAAUGGACUUGUUCUAGAUACGAUACAACUGUUUGUGAUCCAAUGGAGUGUAAAGUGGAGAAAAUAGAAGACAGAUCACCUAUACCAGAAGAAGUUUUUGAAGAAGAGCCACCCUGUAUACCUUACGAAGGCGAAGGCAUGGAUUUCAGAAAUAUGUGCGAAGUGGCGCAAUUGAGGAGAUGCUAUGCUGAAGAUCCUUUGAAAGCUCAUCGUUGUAGAAGUGAAAAGCCGGUUUGUUAUAUGUGGGAUAAAACCUAUCCUAUGAGACACGCCGGACUAAAACCAGAAAUUGAUGGUAGGCCUAUAUGUGGAGACAGUUGGAAAAGAAAUUCCUGGGGUAUAAAAUGCUGAAGUGACGAUAUGUCUUAUUUACCUGAGAAAAAAGAUCAGAACAUGAAACUAAUAAAAUUAUUAAAUACCAAGG